GACCCCGGUUUUGCCAGCCAAGCCCUUAUCAGCAAGAAGUUAAACGACUACCGGAAAGUGAGCCCUGCGGGUGCCAAGCCCGACUCGUCGCCCAAGGGCCCUCGUGGGCUGGGGAUCCGAGCCGAGUUCCUGAAGCAGACGGGAACCAGCGCGCCCCGGUCCCCCCGGCAGGAUGCAGCUGUCACGAAAGAUGAAAGCAGCUCCCAAAAAGCCCCGUGGGGCAUCAACAUCAUGAAGAAGAACAAGAAAUCUGCCCCGCGUGCCUUUGGCGUGAGGCUGGAGGAUUGUCAGCCUGCCCCGGACAACAAGAACGUGCCCCUGAUCGUGGAAGCGUGCUGCAAGGUGGUGGAGGACCGGGGGCUGGAGUACAUGGGCAUCUACCGCGUGCCCGGCAACAACGCGGUGGUGUCCAGCCUGCAGGAGCAGCUCAACAAGGGAGCCACCGAGAUCAACCUGCAGGACGAGCGGUGGCAGGACCUGAACGUCAUCAGCAGCCUCCUGAAAUCCUUCUUCCGAAAGCUGCCUGAGCCCCUCUUCACCGAUGAUAAAUACAAUGACUUUAUCGAAGCCAAUCGGAUCGAAGAUGCCAGCGAGAGGAUGAGGACGCUGCGGAAGCUGAUCCGGGACCUGCCGGGCCACUACUAUGAGACACUCAAAUUCCUGGUGGGUCACCUGAAGACCAUCGCUGACCACUCGGAGAAGAACAAGAUGGAGCCCCGGAACCUGGCGCUGGUGUUCGGCCCCACGCUGGUGCGAACAUCCGAGGACAACAUGACCGACAUGGUGACACACAUGCCUGACCGCUAUAAGAUCGUGGAGACCCUCAUCCAGCACUCAGACUGGUUCUUCAGUGACAAGGAGGACAAGGGUGAGAAGACCCCCGUGGAUGAGAAGGAGGCUCAGUCUGUGCCCAACAUCGAGUACCUGCUGCCCAACAUCGGCAGGACGGCAGCACCCGGUGAUGCCGCAGAGGAUCUCCUCGAGAGCUAGAGCGGGUACAGUCUGAUCCCGGGUGCAUUGCUCACGCACUAACCCUUGGCGGGACACGAGAGAGGGGGAGCAGGGGGACACCGGGAGGGGAGGGGACGCUGUCCUGCCUGGCACUGUCCCCAGGGUCCCCAACACCGGCAGGGGAGCUCCAAAUCCUUCUCACUCUGCUUCUCCCUGGCCAGUGCCUGUGGUGGCACCCCACUGCAGGGAUGGGUGUGGGGUGUCCCAGAGCCCUCAGAUUGUGGGGUGUGGGGGUCCCAAUGCCCUGGGAGGGUCAGCACCCCCUUUCUGCCUCCCCCUCUCUCGUUGUCAGCACUGCUAACCCCAUCCCGGGCAUGCGGGGCGGGAGAAGCGUCUGUGUCCUGUCCUUGUCCCUUACACGGCGGCAGCAGGGCCAGGGCUGCCUGUCCUCUCUGUGUCCCCUCUGUGCCCCUUCUGUGUCCCCUCUUUACCCGUAACCCCCCGGCCUGUCCCAGCCCCUCUCUGAGGCUGGCUGUGCCCUGUUCCUGUCCCCUCUGUGCCCCGUGGCCAUGGGAGGGUUGGGGUCCCACUAUGGGGGUCCUGGCUGUGUGUCCUGGCUGUGUGUGCCUGCGUGUGUCCCCUUUGUCCCCACUCCUCACCCUGGGUGAGGCGACCAAUGCCAGGGACCCCCCUGACCACCGGAGCCCCUUGUGGCGCGUCCAGCCGGUGUGACAGCCCCAGCAUGUCCCCA